AUGGAGAAAGGAGCCUCGGAGGCGUCGCCCCCCUGCGCUCGCUGCGGCAAGCCCGCUCAGCUCCAAUGCCCCAAGUGUGCUGAACUUAAGCUACCCCGUGAGAACGCAGCUUUCUGCACACAGGAUUGUUUUAGGGCAGCAUGGAGCUCUCACAAAUCUGUUCACCCAAAGCCUGGUGCACUGGCAUCCCAGCAGUCUCCAGAAGGUUGGAAAUAUUGCGUGAGAAAAGGGCGGGGACGUGCAUUGGAACUUCCUCGUUUUGAUUGGACAGGUCCAUUGAGACCAUAUCCAAUAUCAAAGAUGCGUGUGGUGCCAGAUGAAAUUGAGAAGCCUGAUUGGGCGCUUGAUGGAAUUCCCAAGAUAGAACCAGAUAGUGAUUUGCAGAAAAGAGUAGAGAUUAAGACCCCUGAACUCAUAGAAAGGAUGAGAGAAAUAUGUCGAAUUGCAAGAGAGGUUUUAGAUGCAGCUGCUCGUGUAAUUAAACCAGGAAUUACAACAGAUGAAAUUGAUAGAGUCGUCCAUGAAGAGACAAUUACUAGAGGUGGAUACCCAUCUCCAUUAAAUUACCAUUUCUUCCCCAAGUCAUGUUGCACGUCUGUCAACGAAGUCAUUUGCCAUGGAAUUCCAGAUGCCAGGAAACUUGAGGAUGGUGACAUUGUAAAUGUUGAUGUAACUGUAUACUAUAAAGGUGUUCAUGGUGAUUUGAAUGAGACAUAUUUUGUUGGAAAUGUCGAUGAAGCUUCCAAACAGCUUGUGCGUUGCACCUAUGAGUGCUUGGAGAAAGCUAUUGCAUUAGUUAAACCUGGAGUUCGGUUCCGAGAGGUCGGAGAAGUCAUAAACAGACAUGCUUCGAUGUCAGGUUUAUCUGUGGUGAAAUCUUAUUGUGGCCAUGGCAUAGGGGAACUGUUUCACUGCGCCCCAAACAUUCCUCAUUAUUCAAGAAACAAGGCUGUUGGUAUCAUGAAAGCUGGGCAGACAUUUACAAUUGAACCAAUGAUCAAUGCAGGGGUUUGGAAUGACCGUCUGUGGCCUGACGAUUGGACUGCAGUGACUGCAGAUGGUAAACGGAGUGCUCAAUUUGAACAUACGCUUUUGGUGACAGAGACAGGAUGUGAAGUUUUGACGGCACGGUUACCCUCAUCACCGGACGUUUUUCCAUGGUUGAAGAAGCCGUGA